CGAGGAUGAUCCAGACUUCAUUGACUCCGACAACGACUUUGAGUCUGAACAUGAUGAUGUCGAAUAUGAUAGAAAUGUAAUUGAUGGGAUCGAAAUUGGAUUGGAUUGCCGACAGGAUGAAGUCCAGCCCGAACGGAAAGAGUGCAUCGAUAUCGAGGUGGAUGAAUUGGAACUACCAUCGUCAGACGAACUAUUCUCCCAAUGUUCAUCUGACGAGGAUGGUGGUCAUCACUUUCCUGAAUUCAAUUUUGAUCAGGACAUGAAAAAUCCUCAGUUUGAGGUGGGUCAAAUAUUUAGUUCCGCAUCAGAGUUCCGAGAGGCGGUGCGAACCUAUGGUGCAGUGAACGGGUACAAUGUAAAGUUUAAGGCAAAUGAUGAAAGAAGAGUCCAAGGAAUUUGCAAAUUAGGCUGCCAAUGGCGAAUAUGGGCUUCGAAAAUGGAUGCAUCAGAGAGGUUACAAGUUAAAUCUUACACUUCAGAGCAUACCUGUAGUCGGGACCAAUUUAAUAGACACUGCAAUUACAUAUUCUUGACGCGUCGAUAUAUAGAGCAAUUUAAGGCUGACCCAAACUGGAAGACCGAGCUAAUUUUGGCAACUGUGAAGAAGGAUCUCCGCACAGACAUUAGUAGGAAUGUGGCAUGGAAAAUGCGGAGAUAUGCUAAAGAAAUUUUAGUAGGAAAUUUACAAGAGCAAUUUAGGAAAUUGCGUUCUUAUGCAGCCGAGGUACUACGAACAAAUGUUGGGUCGACGGUCAUUAUUGCAUUACAGGAGUAGAUGUUUAGGGGGAUCUAUGUAUGCUUCAAUUGUUCUAAGAUAGGUUUUCGAGAUGGUUGUAGGAAGGUAGUAGGUGUUGAUGGUUGUCACUUAAGGGGUUCUUUCGGAGGGGUUAUGUUAACUGCAGUUGGUAUUGACGCUAAUGAUUGCAUCUAUCCCAUUGCAUAUGCAGUGGUUGAGAAAGAAAAUACGGCCUCAUGGCGAUGGUUCUUGACAUACCUCUCUGAGGAUAUUAGUAUUGGAGAUGGAAGGGGUUGGACUCUAAUGACGGACAGACAAAAAGGGCUACAAAAUGUCACAGAUGAGUUGUUCCCUGCGGCUGAGCACAGGUUCUGUGUACGACAUAUGUACACGAAUUUCUUUAAUGCUGGGUUUAAGAGUAAAAUUCUUAAAAAUUAUUUAUGGCGUGCCGCCAAGUCGACCACUGUUGCUGACUACCAACAUUGGAUGCAACAAAUUCGUCAACUUAGUGAAGAGGCACACAAAUGGCUUACAGAACGACACCCGCAAGAAUGGAGCAGAUCACAUUUCUCGGAUCAAUCAAAAAGUGAUAUUUUGCUAAACAAUCUAUGCGAAGUCUUCAACAAGACUUUGCGAAGUGACAGAGAAAAGAUGAUUUUGUCAAUGUUGACAUCACUACAACAAACCUUCAUGAAUAGGAUUCAAAAGCGUCGAGAGAAGAUGAUGAGAUGUACAGGACGCUUGUGUCCGAAGAUCAAGAAAAAAUUGCUCAAGAAUGCUGAGAAAUCGCGGGAAUGCACAUUGCAUUUUUCAGGUGGUCCUGAAUGGCAAGUUGAAUGCAGCUUCGGGACUUAUGUUGUUGAUCUACAUGAGAGAACCUGUGCAUGUAGAGAAUGGGAGCUCACUGGCAUUCCUUGCAUGCAUGCAGUUGCAGUGAUUAGGGAUUGCAGAAAUGAUCCAGAAGACUACGUUCACAAUUGCUACACAAUUGAGUCGUAUAUGCGAUGCUACAAUAGUAUCAUGCAUCCGAUCAAUGGUAUGCAUUUAUGGCCACAAUUGGAUAUGCUUGAUAUUACUCCACCGUCGUGGGUUAUACCACGAAAGGGAAAGAGACAAAUAAAUCGAAGAAAAGGAGCAGAUGAAGAUGUGAUAGUGCAUUCGCAAGAGAAGAACUAUCUUCGGAGAAAGGGACGUUUGAAAAUGACAUGUUCAGUAUGUGGAGAGCAAGGUCACAACAAGCGAUACCACUCUAGGCCGGAUGCUCCAGAUUCUGUGAGUAUGAUCUUGCUUUUUGUUCGGUGAAUUUUUGAAGAAUGUAUUCUAACUUUUUUACUUUCUGUGGACAAGAUUGGUUUCAAGGUAAUAUAGAACCAGUUGUCCCACAAUGCGAUAGAGCAGUUGAUGAACGAGGAAAAAUGGUUCCAGAAAGGGGACAGCAAGCAUCCUCAAGUCACAAUCUUCCGAACGAGCUAACAUUCCACUUCAUUCCAACCCCAACGUUAUCUCGUGAACUGCUUUCUGGUGGGCCAAGAACUGGUGAUACAGCAACGGUGGUCACUCAGCCCGACUUGGUUCAUGUUCCAACCGACGAUGUGAACUUCGAAGACGUCGUGGAUGACAUUAUUGACCGGGGGGAUGCAGAAUCUGGUAGUACAAGGGUAUCGAAGCCACGCAAAUCGAAGUGUACCAGAAGGAAAACGUAACUAAAGUCAGUGUUUUUGAUUUUUGAUGCAAGUUGUGACGGGUUUUGUGAAGCUUUUUGUAUUAUCCAUUGACGCUAACAUACGGUAAGCUAACAUAUGCCGAGCAAGAUGAAGUAGCCAAGUGUUUAAAGUCGACAGGCCACUGAUUUUUUGGAGUAGCUUUUGAAUUCAGAUUUAGUAAAAAUAUUUUUAGAUUUAGUCGACGGGCUUCAGUAGGCUAAGUCAUUUUUUUGUUCUAUAGUAGUGCCCGAUUAGAUCAUCAAAGUCUUUGCUUAAGGAUGAUAUAGGUGAUUGAGACUUCUGAAAACUUUUGUAAUUGUUGGACUUCUGUGGAAUUUGUGAACUUUAAAUCAUGA